CUCUAAAUGAGGGAAACGUAUCAGCCACAGCGAAAAUGCAUGGAAUUCACCGUAAGCUUGUUCAGAGUUGGCGAAAACAGCACGCUGAAGUCGAGAAACUCGCCACUGGGAGAGAUACCACAGGAAGGAAGCGUCGGCGUCUUCUGCGAACACCUAAAGACGGGUCUGACAGCUAUAAAAUGGUUGCGGAAUGGGUCGAUGAAUGCUGGAAAGCAACUGAUGAUACCUUGAUUGCGAAGUCGUUUAAUGCAUGUGGUAUUGUUACGCCUGAAAACGGAGAGACUUUAAAUUCUCGAUUGCAGUUGCUCAUUGGCGGCGGAAGUUUAGAAUCUGAACUGAGUCAUUCAGAUUUCAGUGAUAAUGAAUCUGACGAUAAAUCAGACGAUGAAUCUGACGAUCAAUCAGACGAUCAAUCAGACGAUGAAUCAGAACGUCCAGACGAAAGCACCAGGUCCCGUUGAGAUGUGGUCGAUCUCUACGAAGAUUGAACUUUGGAACCCAAACAAAUAGCUUAGUUUUUGGUUUGCUUAGUGUUUGUCUUGCCUGUUACCUAUAUUGCCUCAAGUCGUUUACUCAAAAUGGUUGUUCACAUAUAAGCGCAUGCGCCUAUAUCGGAAUGAACGCGUUAAUUUUUGGUGAA